UCUUUCAGCUAGACGGAGAACAGAAAUCACCAUGAAGAGUCUGAUCGUCCUCGUGGCGUGCCUCGUCCUCUCAGAGGCCAUCAUCAGGGUUCCCCUGAAGAAGUUUAAGUCAAUCAGAGAGACUCUGCGGGAGAAGGGAAUCCAUCUGCCCUACAGCGAUCCCGCCCUCAAAUAUCAGAGCCCUGAGGUCCUGGCCACCAGCACCAUCGAGCCCCUGACCAACUACGCUGAUUCGUCCUACUACGGUGUGAUCAGUGUUGGCACUCCGCCCCAGUCCUUCCAAGUUCUGUUUGACACUGGGUCUUCCAAUCUGUGGGUUGAUUCUGUCUAUUGCACCACCCAGGCAUGCACCACUCAUACCCAGUUCAACCCUCAGGAGUCCUCCACCUACCAAUCCACCUCCCAAACCUUCGACUUGUACUAUGGAGCUGGAUCCCUCACUGGCGACUUUGGAUAUGACACAGUGACUCUGUCUGGCAUCACGAUCAGCAGCCAAGAGAUUGGUCUGAGCACCAGUGAGCCUGGUGAGAACUUCGUGGAGGCUCAGUUUGAUGGAAUCCUUGGUCUGGCUUACCCAUCCCUUGCUGUUGGCAAUCAGACGCCGCUUUUUGAUACACUGAUACAACAGGGUCUCUUGGAGCAAGACUUGUUUGCUGUCUAUCUGAGCGCGAAUGAGGAAUCCGGCAGUGAGGUGGCUUUCGGUGGAGUGGACCAGAACAUGUAUCAGGGUGAGAUCUACUGGACCCCCGUGACUGCUGAGACGUACUGGCAAAUUGGCAUUCAAGAGUUUCUGAUUGGAGGACAACAGACUGACUGGUGCUCCCAGUACAGCGGCUGCCAGGCCAUUGUGGACACUGGUACCUCUACGCUCACUGCCCCUCAGUCAUACCUGUCCAGCCUGUUGCAGUCUAUUGGAGCACAGGAGAACAGUUAUGGAGAGUAUGUUGUGGACUGCAGCACGGCAGACAAUCUCCCCAGUCUGAGCUUCGUCAUUAGUGGAACAUCAUUCACUCUCCCUCCCUCUGCCUACAUCCAGGAGACCCAGAGUGGCUACUGCACCGUGGCCAUCGCCCCCACCUACCUGCCCUCUCAGAAUGGCCAGCCCCUCUGGAUCUUUGGUGAUGUGUUCCUCAGGGUGUACUACUCUGUGUAUGACCGUGCCAACAACCAAAUGGGCUUUGCCACUGCUGCCUGAACACCAUCGCCAAUACAACACUCCUAACAGCUCAAAGGCUCCACAGGCUUCACCCACAUCUCUAAUGGAAGCUAUAAUCUCACACUUUUCAUUGUAUUAACAUUGGAAGAACUCUGAGGGUGUUUUUUCUUGAAAUCUAAUUAUUUUUAUUAAUGACAGUAACAGACAAACACAAUUAUGAGUCGAAAUAUAUAUAUUUUUAAAGUCCCCUAUUCAGUGUAUUGAAACAAUAUUUCACCCACUGUUUAUUGGAGCAUUUAGAUCAAAAUAAAGCAAAACAGC